GCACCUGUUCCACCGGUGAAACAAGCGUCUGUGCGGACCAAUUAAUUUUUCAUCUUAUUGCUAAAAUACAAAGAAUCUGUUUACUAACAUUGACAUCGAAAGCCUGACACAGAUUCCAAAUUAUGGUUAUUUAAGCUAUAAGCCUAUACCAAGCACAGUUAAUUGUUUGUUUUAUUCACAACUACAUUUUAAUUCUCUCAAGUUCAUCCUAAUCAAUGGACGCUUAUUGCAUUUGUAGUGUAAAAAACAAUAUCUAUUGAUCAGUUGACACUGGAAACGAACCCACUGGAAAUUAUGACUUUUUAUGACGUUUAUCAUUAGAAAGCAAGAUGACUAGUCAUUGGGGUGAGAUUCCUGUAGUACAAGAUAAUGAUCCAGCAACUGCAGCUAUUGAACGUGAGCAGAUGACAAAACUGCGACCAAUGGAGAUAGAGGGACCAAGACUUCAUCAGCCAUCCAGCAGGCAUUACCCACCUACUAAUGAACCAUUACAGGCAGAAAAGUUUCAGAUAGAUCCGAUUGUUCUACAUACAAUACAGUUGUUACAGCAUGCUAGACGCUUACGUUCUCUAAAAAACAAUCUGUUGCAACAUCAGCAACAACUACAGCAAGAUAAGAUAAUAGACUUUGACACAACCUAUCCUGAUGCUCCACCAAUACCAGAGUACAAUGGUCCUCCAACAGUGAAACAAAAAUUAGAGCAUCCAGUUCCAUUUAUGUACAAAGAUAUGGAAAGUGACUUUGUCCUUGGAAAGAGUGAGCCAUUACCUCAAAUAGAUGAUGUAGCAUGCAGACAUUUACUGCGGCGAUCUGUAGCAGCCAUUUUAGCUCAUUCUGGAUUUGACAGUUGUGCUGAAUCAAUACUGGAGACGAUGACGGACCUUACAGGAGAGUAUUUCAUGCAGUUUACUCGACAUCUCCGUGCAGCAGCAGACAAUCUUGCCGGGCAUGAACCAACAGGAUUCCCGGAUAUAGUAGAACAAGUAUUUCAGGAGAUGAAGGUUGGUAGUGUAACAUGUCUUCAUGAUUUCUAUCACAAACGUGUGAUUAACUACCACAAAAAUAUGGAGGAGCAAUGUCAGCAGCUCGAUGCAGAAUAUGAGAAACUGAAAGAGCCAAUCUUACAACAGAAACCUCCAGAUACACUCUCAGUUAUCAGAAUUAAAGAAGAACCGUCAGAGAUACACUUUCCAGAACUAGAUGAAAUAGAUGAAGUGAAUAACGCAGAGCAACUCCUCAACUUAAAUGAUCUUGGAGGGUUUGAGAUUACAGUGGAACACGAGUCUGCUAGUGGUCUGACAACAGAGGUGGAGUCCAAAUGGUCACAUGUUAAAGCGGAACACGGAGAUCCAAAAGUGGUAAACUUGGAUAAUUUUGACGAGAGUGGUACAGCCAUCAAGGAUGAACCUCACUCUGUAUCAUCGAGUGAUGCAGACGACAGUAUACAUGAUCCUCCAUCUAUAACAGUUGCAGAUAUUAUGUCACCAACUUCACUUCCUAGUAAAGCUAAGAAAAAGUAGGUUCUAAAACUAUAUCAUGCUAUUACUUAAACCUCU